AUGCAGACCAAACAUUUCUUCACCGACCCAAAUCACCUGGUCCUCACAGCACUUAAUUCGCUUACACUCACAAACCCAUCUCUUGCCCUGGACCGACAGAACAAGAUCAUCUUCCGCCGUCCAGAUGCGCCCCGCAGAGCAAACAAAGUCUCCAUCGUGACUGGCGGCGGUUCCGGCCACGAACCCGCAUUUGCAGGCUUCGUUGGCCAUGGACUCUGCGAUGCCUCGGUCGCCGGUACGAUCUUUGCCUCGCCAUCUGCGGAACAGAUCCGUAGAGCGGUCAUCGAUCGCGUCCCCACUGAUAACGGCGUGCUGAUCCUUCCUAUGAACUAUACCGGUGAUGUCCUGAACUUCGGUAUGGCCACGGAGAAGUCCCGUGUUGCGGGCAUCAAGACGGAAUUCUUUGCUAUCAAUGAUGAUGUCGGUGUUGGUCGUGAGAAGGGAGGGAAGGUCGGUCGUCGUGGGAUUGGUGGCGGUGUAUUGAUUCUGAAGAUGGUUGGUGCUCUAGCGGAAGCUGGCGGUUCUCUGGACGACGUCUACGCCCUAGCCCAGUUAGCAAACGCAAACCUAGUCUCUCUAGGAUCAUCGUUGGAACACGUCCACGUGCCAGGCCGCGGUGUACCCGAAGACACGAUCCCGCACGGUGAGGUCGAAGUCGGAAUGGGAAUUCACAAUGAGCCCGGCUCGCACCGUGUGAACUUCGACCUCGUCGAGCUGGUUGAAGGAAUGCUGCGCCAGCUACUCGACCACAACGACCCGGACCGCUACUAUGUGACCCGCAAGCCGGAAGACCAGUUUGUGUUGCUGAUCAACAAUCUGGGCGGCGUCAGCCCGCUCGAACUGGCCGGUAUUACGGACGAAGUCUACCGCCAGCUCCAGCGCGAUUACCAGGUCCACCUGGUCCGCGUGAUUCAGGGCACUUUCCUGACCAGUUUGAACGGCCUCGGAUUUAGUAUUUCGCUGAUGAAACUGGUCGACCCGGGUCUGGGCAUGACAACAACUAUGCUUGAGCUUCUUGAUGCCCCCGCUGAGGCAGUUGGCUGGUCUGCUCCGAUUAAUACCACCACCUGGGAAAACAGCAUUUAUGCGGAUCCCGUCGACCUAAAGACAUCUAAUCUAGCCGAAGACAUCCACAGCAACCUACGGCGUAAGUUUUGCAUCGCGCCCACCCUUCUCUUCUCCCCAAAUGAAAAACCAAAAUCUAAGAUCACCCUAGUCGACCCAACCAUCCUCCAAACCGCCCUCAACUCCGGCCUGAAGCGCGUAAUCAAAGCCGAAGCCGAAGUCACCCGCUACGACACAAUCGUCGGCGACGGCGACUGUGGCAUCGGCCUAAAGCGCGGCGCUGAAGCAAUUCAAUCCCUCCUCACCACCGCUUCUCCGCCUUUAACAACCGACGUCGUCAGCACAGUCGCCCGAAUCGUAACUGUUGUCGAGAAUGUAAUGGACGGGACCUCGGGUGCGAUCUACGCGAUUUUCCUCAACGCCCUAGCACACGGGUUACUUGCCCGGAACACAACCUCCCCGACGACAAUCACGACAGAGACGUGGGCGAAGGCGUUGAAGUCUUCAUUCGCGGCAUUGGGAACAUACACGCCUGCGAAACCUGGUGAUCGCACGCUUAUUGAUGCGCUUGGGCCGUUUGUGGAUACUUUGCUUGAGACUGGGGAUGUGAGGGCGGCGGCGGCGGCGGCACGGAAAGGGACGGAGUCUACGAAGGCUAUGAAGGCGAGUCUGGGCAGGAGUGUUUAUGUUGGUGGGGAGGAGGAGUGGAUUGGGAAGAUUCCUGAUCCGGGCGCUUUUGGAUUGUCGGAGUUUUUGACGGGGCUUGCGGAGGGUAUUUAG